CCCGCCCCCCCCGACCCCGACCCAGCUCUUUUGUCUCGCGCAAACUAGGGUUGAGCGCCGCCGCCGUCUUCCUGGUCGACGGCGAGCUCCCACCUCUCCGCCGGCCGCACCCAUCCCCGCUCCCUAUCUCUCCACGGGAGCUCGACCCCGUCGCCCUCUCCCUCCGCGGGAGCUCAGCCACAACGACCGUCCGUCGCAGGACACUGGUCCUAUCCCAUGCCGCCGCCUGGACGCCGCGCGGGAGACUCCCGCGGCCGCCGGGAGCCGGGACGCGUUCCUCCACAACGCCGUGAUCCCGGGCUUCGCUGCCUCGGGCCUCCCUGGCAGCGCUCUGGCCGCCUACCGCUCCAUGCUGGCCGCCGUCGCGCGCCUGACCGCUUCACCUUCCCCGUCCUCCUCAAGUGCUGCGCGCGCCCAGGCUCCUCGAUGAUGGCCGCGCCGCCGAGUACCAGGCUCGGCAUAACUGUCUGAUCGCGUUCUACGCCAGGCUAAACACUGUCUCAGCAUUGUCGGGGACGCUAAGACGGUGUUCGACGGAAUGCCGGCCAGGGACAUCGUCAUGUGGAAGUCGAUCGUGGACGGAUUCGUGUCCACUAGGGCACUAGGCUCUCGCGCCGCUGGCCCUGUACUGCUUCAGGGAGAUGCACGAGGUGCGGCAUGACAGAGUCGGGAUUAUCCACCACUCUUGCCGUUUGCUUCCUGAAAUAGACGUUGAUGCAAGGGCAUGGGCUGGAGGAAGACGUCAAUGUUGGCACCUCUCUUCUUGACAUGUACUGCAAGUGUGGUGCCAUUGCUUCUGACGAAGGUGGCCGCGAUGAUUGAGGAGGUAGAGGGGAUGCUCGGCAUGCCAAUGGAGCAUCUCUGACGCGCUCCUUGAGCUGGAUUAUGGUCUGCACAGAGACAUCCACUCCAAGCUCAAGAUGCUCUUCAGCUACUUCGACAACCUCCCUCUAGUCUAAAGGAUGCCAUUUCCGAUUUUAUCCGUUCCGAUCUUUAUGGUACUUCCAACACUUGUGUUCUUGGAUUUUUUGGAUGAAACAACAUGGUACCGCAAGUGAUGUGGGUGUUUGAUGAGUUAGUGGGGGUUCUCAUUUGCCAAGCCUAAGUAACAGGCCAUUAGUGUGAUGUACUAAACAAUUUAUUGUAGUGGAUAGUUCACUCUGGAUUACUCCGAUUUAUCCAUUGUCGAACUCAUCCUUUCAAAGUACAAUUAGUAGAAGUUUAUCUCUGUUUUUCCUCUAUCUCUGAACUUUAUUUUCUAGCUACUUUUUUCUUUGUCUUGACUUAGGAUCCUUGUGAUGCAUUCAAAGAUAGUCCAUCAGUGAGAUGAUAUUUAGCCAAAACAUGUAUGAGACAAAGAGUAGGGUUGAGAAGCUUGAGAAAUUGUAUGCAAACAUGGCCUUGCAAAAAGAACCGAAGGUGCGCUUUGCCGCUUUCUAUGGCAAAUUGAAAUUUUCUUGGGUGAAGUCUAUAGUAUUUUUUGUUACUGAACCAUAUAUGUUAUGUUUAUUGUGAAAAUAAUAUAACCAGUUCACAUUUUGUGAGUAACCAAAAUCUCAAGAAAUCUAAGUUUGUAAUCUUUAUAUGAACUGGUUAGACUGUUAUGAAACGUUGCCCAAGAGUGUGACUAUAUAUGCUUUUCAGAUGCUGUGGUUGACAGGAACUGGUUCUCUUCUACAGCCGCAGUGUAGAAAGAUGGAACCCAGGAACCCCAUGCCGACAGGAGUUAUGUCUUCCCCACAUCAAAAUCCUUUUGGUUACUGUUAGUUGUGUGAGAAGUGUUUCAGAUCCUGUCAGUUAGUUCCAGCAGCAUGAUUGUUUCUAACUCAUGGACUGUAAAUUGUGGGACUAUUGUUUAUUUUUGUGACUUAGUAGUAUACAAUUGGAAUGUGAGUCUAGAUCAGGGAGUUACUGCCUUGAUUUCCUAGGACCGGAGAAUUCAGACUGCCUUUUUUUCUUAUCUGCAGGUGAAGAAGUCCGGCAAGAAUGAGAAGGCCGACAUGUCAGAGUUCACGGCGCAGUCGGACUCCAUUGGGUUUAAGAUAGUUGAGGUCACUGUGGAUGGCAACUGCUUCCUCAGAUUUUGUUCAAAUACUCAUCAUCUUGACAAAAUAGUGGGAUUUUGUGGCUUUCUAUGCUGUCUUUUAGGUCAUAUAUGACUAAUCAUUGUAGUCACUGGGGCAAUGGAUGACCAGCUGGAGGGCGACAAGGAAUGACAAAUGAAGUACUGGGAGAUGGUCGUGCAGUACAUCAUGGUUGCCCAUGGGCUAUGGCGCUUGCUAAUAAUCCUUGCCGUGUGCAAGUUGCAGAAACACUGCAAGGAGUUUGAGCCAUUCAUCGAGAAUGAGAUGUUAUUGAAUACUGUGACCGAUGAAGAAUGGAGUUGCAUCAGGCUUCUCUUGUCACGAGAAGAAACGUUUGCAUUCACAUGGUAAUUUUCUGUACAACGAUUUCCUUUCUGUACUAGAGGCAGGGUGCCAAGCCUGCUUGCUCCCGGUACAUUGUGACACGAAGCGCCGUGAGGAGGGAGGUGCUGAAUACAGCUCGUUGACGAACACCAACCGCGGCUGCGCCACUAUCGGGUGCUAGAUCUUCCACAAGCAGGACCACAAUUGCCGUUGCAGUAUGCUGCUGCCAAGCCAGGCAUACCAACCCCUGUUACUGCUGACAAGCGGGCGUACAACCUCCUUUCUGUAGGCCACGCGACCGCAUGCUCGUGAUCCCCCUCCUCACACACACACAGAAACCAUUUUGCAGACAACUGUCAAAUUGAUUCUUCAAGGUCGGCCAGAGGAACUUUUAUCGCUGCUUCUUAUGCCUUGCAAAAAUAUGUAAGCAAGCACAUGGAAUUGUACUGUACCAUUUUAGCUCGCAGUGUUUCAGGGUACCAUUGUCCUUAAGGAAAUGUUGAUGAGUAGAUAUAUCAACUUGCCAGACAUGUGUAAAUAACUUCCCAACUUUUUGACACGACAGAAGUAUGACUGGUAUAUGUGUCUGAUCUGAUACCCACACACCUGCCCAACAUCACUAUAAAUGAUAAAAUGUAGGUAGGUAGGUAAAGUCUUGUAGCUAAUAGGAGUUAUAUCCAUGAGUGUUUGGCUCAUGUUGUAGUGAUAUGGCGAUUCUGUAGUACAAAGUACAAACAACAUAUUGUUUAGUGUUGGAACUGUCACACAAUCAUUAACCCACUUACUGGAAACCAACUUGUGUACAGUCUCACCAACUUACUCUAAAAGACAAACUGAUGGAUGCAGGUUGGGCUUGAUCUGAGAAGAGCUCUUGGCUCCCACCUAUUACCGUCCACUACUGCAUGAGUAUAUAAAUUGCUGCAUUUAACUAACACCAGGGUAAGCGUAUAUACUAAGUCGGUCAAGGAUCUUUCCAGUGUGCAUGGCUGCAUGCCUCAAGAUAUGCCUAGGGGACCAUACAAAAGUAUGCCGUGCCUGAUCUCACAGUGUCAAGCUAACACUAUCCACUAGUAGUGGGAAACUUAACAGUGGGUUCACUUUGAUUGCCUAUGGCACUGCAGCUCACCCUUAUUUUGUCACUGGAGAUAUCUAUACGCUCAGGAUAGGCACCACAAUCGAGACAAUAGUUCAGAUACUUGAGCACUCCCUUUGUUUCACUGUAACCAUUACAUGAUUCAAGCAUCUUCUUUUCUUAACAAUUGUCCAUGGAGAUAAUCAUGAGUGUAAUCAAAUGCAAUGUUUCCACUCUCUAUUUCUACUUUUAGUGUUUUGGAAGAGCUUAAGUGGUCGUAGCAAGUCAUUUUAUAGGGGCAUGUAUCGGUCAUUUCUCUUAGGUUAGUACUUCUUGGUCAGUGGGCAUGGUGGGAUGAUGACAAAUAUAGGGAGGUGAAUUUGAAUAUUACUUUUCAGCUAACCUUUAUAAUCAUUGAUAUGAUCUCUAUGAAAUAAAGCAUCAGAUAGAAGUUUUUAUAAUUAAGUAAAAAGUAAAAGAGUAGUAGUAACUAAAUAGUUGUAGGGUUUAACCUUCAAAUUUUAAGAAGAUGGAAACCCUAAGGAAAGGUCUACUUUGGUGCCUUAACUAUUAUUGUCUCAGUUUAAUUUGCACCGCAGACUCCAAAACCAUCUAAUGUGCACCCUCAGAUAUGAACCCUUUCUGAUUAUAUCCCAGGGAAGUAUUUGUGCAUGGUUUGAUGUGGUGUGGCAUUCAUGUCAAAGUAUUUUGCCACCUCAUUCCCUGUUAGGUGGUUUUGUGUGACAUGGCAUCCAUGUCAAGCUAGGAACACCAGGAACAAACAGAAGCAGACUGAGGUGGGGGUGGGAGAAAAACAGAGGUUCCAUUUUCCCCCAAUAUUUAAUAUGUGGGGUCUACUGCUCAGUGGAGAAAGACUUAUUGCCAGCCAUGCCAAGUAACGCUUGUGAAGCCAAAUUUGGAACAUCCCGAUUAUAAGGAAAAGGCGACAAACUAGUGUGAACUGUACGCAAUGACCUUUGUAAUUUUGCGCUGAGCAAUAGCUGUCACUGGCGUUACAACCUUUUGCUAUAUAAUAGUCACAUCCAUCUCCUUUUGGGACACCGGUCCGGAAGGAAGCCAUAGUUCGAAGCUUCGAACCCGGUUGUGAUGGAGGUGGUCUUUGAUGGAGGAGGAGGUGCUGGCGGUGCCAACAACUGGAGGUCCCAAAUCAGGGAAGAGUUUCGCAAGUCUCGUAUCUCAGAACUAUCAGAGGCUCUGAUGCAAGCACUGUCGCCAGACGAGCCCGAGACAUUGACUGAUCUUCUGAAUGUUGCUGUCAGAUUAGAGAGAAUGAUUUUCAUAGUAGCUGUUAGCGAGGUUGAUUAUAAUUAUAAGCUGUAUACGAGAUUGGAUCAUUUAGAGGAUGAUCAUUUUGAGGACAUAUCAUCAGAUAAUCAUUUUGAGGACAUUUCAUCAGAUGAUCAUUUUGAGGACAUCUCAUCGGAUGAUCAUUUUGAGGAAAUUUCAUCAGAUUAUCAAAUGCUUGAACCCUCAACUGCGACGCUUCUGCGAGGAAUUUUUAGUGAUCCACAGAAUCAAAGCAUUCAGGUACAGAGCAACCUCCAGAGGGUGCUAUCUGGUGAUAAUACAAAAGCAACAGGAAAUGAAGAGAAGCCUUGCUGUGAUGACAAUGAUAGGAUUAGCGUCCUUCAUGAGAGCAUACUCCAUUGUAUCAUGUCCUUCAUGCCAGCACAGGACGUUGUACGCACAAGCAUGCUAUUCCGAAGAUCGCCCCCAUUAUGGACUUCAGCGCCAUGCCUUGAUAUCGAUAUUGAUCACUUUGAUAUGGACAGAGUAAAGUUCAACAAGUUUGCAAAAAGUUUGUUUGAGCGGCGGGGUAAUGCUAAUACAUUGGACAAACUCCGCCUUCACUCUUUUGCAAUUGAUGCAGCCAAGUAUUGGAUCGGUGAUGCUAUCAGACUUCAUGAAGUUAAAUCGAUUGAUUUCACUGAAAAUACAAGAUGGGAAGCUUUUUACUUAGAUCCUAAAGCUAUCAACUUUAGCUCUAAAUAUCUGCGAACUGUGAAGCUCACUAAUGUUAUAAUAGUCGCAUCUGUCUUUGAUCAGCUCAGCCGUGAAUGCACGUCUUUGGAAAAUCUGCAGUUGGCAGACAGCACUCUUUAUUGUCCUGAGAUUUCAUCAAGUUCAUUGAAGACUCUGGAAAUAAUAAACUGCUUAGUUUUGAAUCAUCUUCUGAUUCGUACUGGCAAGCUGGUCUCGCUAUGCUUCAAGGACACUCGAUGCAGGUGCACUCCAAAAUACAUAGUUCGAACUACAUCAGCAGUAAUCCUAUGUGAUCUUUCAAACGCCAAGAGCAUAGAACUGCCAACACCAGUGAGACAUGUCGCAUUCGAUAGAAUGACUCCAAGGUGCUCAAUGUUCAUCAGUCUGACAAGUCUCAUUCUUGGUGAAUGGUGUCUUUCCAACAAAUUUGCUCCUCUAGCUUGCUUCCUCGAGCACUCUCCUAUGCUUGAGAAUCUUGAUCUGAAGCUCAAGUUUGACUGUGAAGAGCAAAAGCAGCCGCUUCAAAUGGCUGAGGGAAUAUCAUUCCAAGCCAAAAGCCUUAAGAAGGUAACGAUCCACUGCGCCGAAGAGGAGGACAGGCUUACCGUGUUGAAGGCUAUACUGCUUGCCAAUGCAAGAUGUGUCAAGCACAUCGAUGUCAAGACGUACUAGGAUGCUGCGCCAAGCGUUCUUCUGCAUAUGGAAUGCAUCUUUGCAUAGGGCUUUCGCUGUGUGACAUGUGUGAGACCCGAUGUAGCUAGAGAUUUGGUUGUUGAAUGUUGUGUUACAUGGACCUGUAAACAUUUACCGCUGUAAGACUUGUGGGAAACUUGCUUGCUACCAUUUAUCUAGGUUGAUCGAUGAACAUUACAGCUCA